CGUCGCUAAACUUGCCCACCACACCGCUCGUGUCCCGCGUCGACAUGCCAGAUCUCGCAUCAUCCGCAUCGGCACGAUCGGUCAAGUAACCGAUUCCGAUCACCGAGCCCCGCAUUCCGCCACUUGCCGCGACAUCUUGCAACCACCCACACCACCACGUCUGUCACAAUGAGCAAGGCCCGCGUCCUCGUGCACCACCUGCAGAACUCGCGCUCCAACCGCAUCCUCUGGGCGCUGGAGGAACUGAACGUGCCCUACGACGUGCGCGUGCACUACCGCACGCAAGGCUGGUUCGCAGGCAGCACGCUCAAAGACGUGUCGCCGCUGGGCAAGUCGCCCGCCGUGCAGCUCGACAACACGGUGCUGACGGAGAGCGCGGCGAUCUUGUCCACGCUGAUGCGCACGUUCCCGACUCCCGGCAUCGAAGCCGAGCCCUCGCCCAACUCCCUCUUCUGGAGCCACUUCUCCGAGGGCUCGCUCAUGCUGUACCUCCAGCCGGCGCGGUUCGCGACGCUCGGCAUGCGCGAGGUCCUGGCCGGCGUGAGCGGGGACACGGCGACCGGCGUCAAGAUGAUGAACGACUGGUUCCAGGCGUGGGCAAGGACGCACGCCACGGGCGCGCUCGGUGAGGCCGAGCGCUGGUUGGCGAAACACGACCUCUUCUCUGGUUCGGAGCAGUUGGGACUCGGCGAUUUCAUGAUGUUCUUCCCCGUUAACAGCAUUGCGCAUGGGCGCGCCAGGCCUGGCGCGCCGCGGCUGUACGAGCUGGGUCCCGCUUCGGACGCCUGGGUCGAGCGCAUGCGUGCGCGGCCCGCGUUCAAGCGCGCGAUAGAGCGCAUGAAGGAGGAGGAGGAGGGGCAGAAGCCGCCAGAGGUGCGCGAAGCCGAGGCACGUAAGCGCGCCGAGCGGGCCAAGCGCGAGGCGCGUGCGUAAGCCAUCGGUAAUAAACUGCUUUGAGUUCUGUCUGCAAGGUCGUAUGCUGCAUCAUUGUUCCCUGAAAACAACUCUGUGCAUGGCUCUACUG